GAUAUUUAGAAAUAUUAUCAGUCUGUUUCUAGCAUUAGAAAUAUAUUUUUGAACACAUGUAAUAUUACUACAAGAAGCAGUUUCCCUUUUGUAAGAAAACCCAUGAUACAGUUUUUUGAUCAUGUGUAUAGUAGAAAAGCUUGAGUAUGGAUAAUCCAGAAUGACCACAAUAUGGUAUUCAGGCGAGUGGAGAACCGUUGCAGGUGUGCUUAAAAGUUUCACCUCUUUGAACCUCACCCUCAGAUUCUGGUAUGGUGAAGUCUUCAUUGGAGGUUAUGAUGCUUGUUACUGUUGAGAAUGUGACGCUCUGUAGGGGUUCUUCUCAGUUGGUAUGGAGUAUCCAGCAGCAGCUGUCAUUGAAUUUUAUUCUAGCCAUUUAUUUAGUUUUCCUUACUUCUGAAGAAAAGUAUUUAUAUUUUGCUUUAAGUAAUUGGAAUAAAACAUUUUAAGUAAAAAUUUUAAUAUUUUACUGAAUUAGACAUAGUGUGUAAAGCCAGUAUAUGCUUUGGCAGCCCAUAUACUAAAAUUGGAAUAAUACAGAGAAGAUUAACAUGGCGCUGUGCAAGGAAUGACACGCAAUUUUGUGAAGCAUUCCAUAUUUUGUGCAGUUCCUGAGCAUUGUACCACCCUUUGCAGAGGAACUCUGAGAAAAUGGUAUGAGUCAGAGCACAGUGUGUGGCACUGAAUAAUGAAAUUGUGAUUUUUCACUACUAAAAAUAUAUUCAGUAAACUGGUACCCUGUUAAUGAAUUCAUUAUCAGUUUAGUGUAUGUGUGGAUGUGUGUGUGUGUGUGUGUGUGUGUGUGUGUAUUUAAAGACUAUCAAAGAAUGUGUUUUUUAGACCCAACCAGAAUUACUGAGUGUUAGAGAUAUUAAAAGAAUCUCUUAAUAUGUAAUUUAACUUUUAAUUGUAUUCCUUUAAUAAAGGAUUUCUGAAACAGUAUCUCAUUACUUAGAUUCAUUGGAAUUUUUUUUUUCAUGUUUUUAUUUAUUUACGUAAUCUCUGCCCAACGUGGGGCUGGAACUCAAAACCCAAGAUCAAGAGUCACAUGCUUUACCAGCUGAGCCAGCCAGGUGCCCCUAGAUUAAUUGAAAUUUAAAGCUGAGACCUUUGACUAUACAUUACAGAUGAAGCUCAGUGUGAUUUAUACUUUAUUUUCUUUAGCUUAUCUGAUUUUGUCUAUUAUUCGUACAUACAUAUUUAAGAUCACAAAAGUAAGAAAAGGUAAUUCUUCUAAUACACAUUUUGAUAUUUCUGAACUUUAGUAUUCAGAUUCCAGUCUCAGCAAUAUAUCAUCACAUCUUAUUACUUAUCGUAUUUUUUAUUCUUUUGUAGUUUAACCGAUCCUGUGUCAUUUCAUGGUAAUCACAUACAGUAAUGAUAAGUACAAUUUAUAUUGUACUUUAUAGAAUAUUGUUCAUAUGCUUUCUCAUUUAAUAUUUACAAUAACCCUGUGAAAUAUAGAAAAGGUACUAAUUUUUUUUUUCACCUUAUAGAUGAAGAAACGAAGACAGAGAUUGAGACUUGUCUAGAGUAACCCAAACCAAUGACAAAACUGAGGUUCAGAGAACUUGAAGCUUGCCCCAAUGUCACAGAGCAGAGACAGAAGUAAAACUUGUAUUUCCCGACUUGCAGAUUAGUGUUAUUUCUACUUCAAGCUAUUACUUCUUGGUGAGUUAAUGUGGGAAAAAUUCUGGUAUUUUGAAGAUGUCUUGGCACAGUAUUGUUUCCUGUUUAAAUUACAAGUAACUUCAGUUUUUAGAGAAAAAAGAAGUUGGGAUUUUUUUGUAAAAUCAUGCCAUCUGAACAGAAACCCUUAUUUUUUGAUGAAAAACAAACUACUUUAAAAAAUUACGAUGUGAAAAAUGAGAUAGUGGACACUAUCAGAUCAGUACCUAGGCCAAAAAUUGCACAAAGUAGUUUUCAUUAUGAACUAAAAAAUGUGAAAAUUGAUUUGCCGAAGAUACAUAUUCCAAAUGAAAUCUUUUUGAAACAUGAAGUUGACAAAUACAGAAAAUUAUUUCAGCGUCAACCACAGACUGCAAGAAAAUCUAUCAGUGUAAAGACUGUAAGCUGUGUAGAGGAGUGUAUGUUGCUCCAUAAGUCUGAGAGAGUUGAAGAGGAGGGUUUAAAAAUGUCUGCAAAAAUACUCAAUUUCAACUGUUUAAAAUGCCGAGAUAGCACUCGAUAUAGUCCAAAUGAUUUGCAGAAACACUUUCAAAUGUGGCACCAUGGUGAAUUACCUUCCUAUCCUUGUGAAAUGUGCAGUUUUUCAGCAAAUGACUUCCAGAUAUUUAAACAACACAGAUGGACACAUAGAAGCACUUUAGUAAAAUGUGACAUUUGUAACAAUGAGAGUGUAUAUACUUUAUUAGACUUGACAAAGCAUUUUGCAUCCACACAUUGUGUAAAUGGUAGUUUUCAGUGUGAAAAGUGCAGAUUCUCCACCCAGGAUGUUGGCACAUUUGUUCAGCACAUUCAUAGACAUAAUGAAAUCCAUUAUAAAUGUGGUAAGUGCCAUCAUGUAUGUUUUACCAAAGGAGAGCUUCAGAAGCACCUUCAUGUUCAUUCUGGUACAUUUCCCUUCACUUGUCAAUAUUGUAGCUAUGGUGCUACUAGGAGAGAGCACCUGGUAAGACAUGUUAUAACUUUGCACAAAGAACACUUAUAUGCGAAAGAAAAACUGGAAAAAGACAAAUACGAAAAGAGGUUGGCAAAGACUUCAGCAGGACUUAAGCUGAUACUGAAGAGAUACAGAAUAGAUGCAUCAAGGAAGACGUUCUGGAAACGCAAAAAGAUCAACAACGGAAGUGACAGAAGUAUAGAAAAAAACACUCAAGUGCUCAAAAAAGUGAACAAAACACAGGCUAAAUCUGAAGACCAGAGCCAUCUUGUUCAAGAGCAUUUAAAUGAAGAAAAGGAUGAAAGACCACACUGUGAGAAUAAUGAUAAACCUGCUGAGUCAGAGUCAGAAAAGCCAACUCUUCUGUCCACUGGGCAAUAUAAUAGAGUUGAAGAGGGAUCAAAUUCUACUCUAGGUUUCUUGAAGACUGCUGUACAAGGACCUACAGUGUUAAUGGUGAAAAAUAAUAGAAUAACAAUUCCUGCUAACUACAGUGCUGAUUUUAUGGGCUUUAAGAUGGUGGAUGGAAAACAACAUAUAGUAAUAAAAUUGUUACCUACCAAUAAACAGAAUUUAUAUUCACCAGGCUCACAGUCAGAUGCUGCAAAGGAGAGUACUGCCAAUUUGCAGCCCCGGACUUUGGACACUACUGGAUUUUUAGCAGGAGUAACAACUGAAUUAAGUGACACCGUUUACAUGAAAGCAACUACCCCAUUUUCAUGUUCAUCUUCUAUACUUUCAGGGAAAAUAAUGUCAGAAAAAGAAAUGGCUUUGCUAUCUCAAACAAGUAAUGUGCUUCAAACAAUGGAUGAUGAAAAAAAUGUGUCGUCUUUGUCAGCAUCAGAAUUGGUUUCAGCAUCAGUGAAUUUGACCACAAAAGCUGAAACAAAAGAUAAUAUUGACCUGUGGGGAAGUUAUAUUACUCAGAGUCACCCUGAGAUGUCAGGUGCUGCCAUUAGAAGUCCAGAUAAAGUCAACUGUACUACCAAACAAAAUGCAUCUAACAGUGGGGAUAUGCAUAACUACUGCAUUAAUUAUGUCAACUCUGAGUUACCUGUUGAAUCUUCCAACCAAGGAUCAUUGCCCUUUCAUAAUUACUCAAAAGUAAAUAAUUCUAAUAAACGGCGUAGAUUUUCAGGAACAGGAAUGUGUGAAAACCCUCAAAAAGAACCUUCAUCAAGCAAGACAGUUGUUCAGCAACCAAUAAGUGAAUCAGUUUUGUCUCUAGUGAGGAAAGAGAGCUCAAAUCCAGAUAGCAUGUUAGCAUCUAUUAGCCUUUUGAAUACUAAAGAUGGAACUUUAAAAAUGCAAGCUGAAAUUGAAGAACAGUGUGUUUUAGAAAAAGGACAAAACAGCGACGGACAGAACUUAUACACUAAUGAAAAUAAAAAUUUAGAGAGCUUGACUGAGAAAUCUAAGUGGGAUAACAUUUCUAAUGUUGAGUCACCUAUGAUGCCUAGAAUCACCUCUGUUUUCUCUCUCCAGAGUCAACAGGCAUCAGAAUUUUUGCCGCCUGAAGUAAACCAGUUACUUCAGGAUGGAUUAAAAACAAAAUCUGAGGUAAAACAAGACUCUAGUAAUAGUAACACCCCAGAUAAAGGUCUGCCACUUCAUUGUGACCAGUCAUUUCAGAAACUUGAGGGAGAAGGCAAAAUAGUUGACUCUUCAAAAGACUUCAAAGUACAAGGCAUUUUCUCUAUGCCAUCUGGUAGUAUAGGGAUUAAUGUGCCUACCAAUGAUCUGAAUUUAAAAUAUAGUGGAAAAGAAAUACAAAAUCUGUCAAUAUCACAAGAUGUGAGAGAUUCAGAAAAGACACCUAGAAUUUCAGGUAUUGGCACAUUACUUAAGACUCAGUCAGAUGCAAUAAUAACACAGCAGCUCGUAAAAGAUAAACUGCGAGCCACUACACAAAAUUUAGGUUCUUUAUAUAGGCAGAGUCCACUUCUGAAUUCAGAACCAAAAAAGGCUAUAUUUGUUCAGACUCCAAAAGGCUUUUUUGUACCAUUGCACAUUGCUAACAAGCCUGGAUUACAUGUUGUUUCAGGAAGGCCACUUCCAUUGGUUAAUACACAAGGUGUACCUGCUUCUCUUCUUUUAAACAAGAAACCUGGGAUGAUCUUAACAUUUAAUAAUGGGAAACUGGAAGGUGUUUCCACUGUCAAAACUGAGAGUGCUCAGGCUUGUGGAACUACAGCUAAGGAGCCUUGCAGAAUACCUUUUUUAAAGGUAGAGCGAAACAGUAAUUGUCUGACACCUGCACUUUGUUCCAGCAUUGGCAGUUGUUUGAGCAUGAAAAGUAGCUCAGAAAAUACUUUGCCAUUAAAAGGACCCUACAUCAUCAAAACAGCAAAUUCUUCAGCGAAAGCUGUUCCUACUCCUAAUACAGUACCUGAGCAUCAGGGCACCAAGUUGAAUAUCUUGGACUCCGUAAAACAGCAGAAUGAGAUUUUUCCAAAACCACCUCUUUAUACCCUCUUGCCUGAUGGCAAACAAGCUGUUUUUUUAAAGUGUAUGAUGCCAAAUAAGACUGAGCUGCUUAAGCCUAAAUUAGUCCAAAAUCGUACAUAUUAUCAAAACAUACAGCCAAAGAAACCUGAAGGAACACCACAGAAAAUAUUGCUGAAAAUUUUUAACCCUGUUUUAAAUGUGACUGCUGCUAACAAUCUGUCUGUAAGCACCUCUGCAUCCUCAUUGCAGAAAGACAAGGUACCAUCUAAUCAGACUACAGGAGGAGAGCAGAGAGAGCCAGAAUCUUCUAGAGAUGCCUUACCCUUCUUACUAGAUGAUAUGAUGCCAGCAAAUGAAAUUGUGAUAACUUCUACCGCAACAUGCCCAGAAUCUUCUGAGGAACCAUUAUGUUUCACUGACCGUUCAGACACCAGGGUAUUAAGGUGUAAAACAAAUUGUACAAUCGAGAGAAGCUUCAAUAGAAAAAAGACUUCGAAAAAAAAAUUUUCAAGAGUAAAAUCUCAUGCAAGAAGUAAAGAUUCUGAAACUGCCUUUGUAUCUAGAAACAGAAACUGUAAACGGAAGUGUAGGAAUAGUUACGAAGAACCUCCAAGAAAAAAAGCAACAUUACAUAGAAAGUGUAAAGAAAAGUCUAAACCUGAAGAUGCCCGUGAAUCAUUUGAUUUUAGCAGACCAAGGCUUUCAAGAGAUACAGUCAGAACUUUGCGGCUUUUCCCCUUUAGUUCCAAACAGCUUGUGAAAUGUCCUAGGAGAAACCAACCAGUUGUGGUUUUGAAUCAUCCUGAUGCAGAUGCACCAGAAGUAGUAAGUGUGAUGAAAACUAUUGCUAAAUUUAAUGGACGUGUACUUAAGGUUUCAUUGUCGAAAAGAACUAUCAGUGCUUUACUGAAGCCAGUGUGUGAUAAUGCCUCGAAAACAAUUUAUGGUGAUUUUUCCAAAAGACAUAAAACAUUGAAACCUGUUAGUUCUGUGAAAGAAAGAUUUGUGCUAAAAUUAACACUCAAAAAGACAAGCAAAAACAAUUAUCAGAUCGUGAAGACUACCUCUGAAAAUGUUCUGAAAGCUAAAUUUAACUGUUGGUUUUGUGGUAGAGUAUUUGACAAUCAGGAUGCUUGGGCUGGUCAUGGGCAGAGACAUCUAAUGGAAGCCACUCGUGACUGGAAUAUGUUAGAAUAAUUUACUGUAGUUACCAAGGAAAAGAAAAGUAAAAUUAUCUUAGGAGAAAACAUGGGUUGAAUUACCUUAAGGCAGACGUUUUCUACUUCAGUAUAGUACCUAAAAUUGAGCAUCUGAAAGUUGGCUGAAUUUCCAUGGGAGACUAAAAAAGUUUUAUGUGUGGUAUUUGAAAAUGCUAUCACUGCACACAUAAGUUUAGCAAGAAACUAAUUGCAGCACAGAUGUACCUUGAUUUAAUUUUUAAAAAUGUGUUCUUGGGAAGUUAGGGCUAAAGAAAAUUUUGAUAAAACAGUUUUCCCAAUUUAGUUAUAUAGGGACUCUUAGUAGAGGGGCAUGGCUGACAGCUGCAUCCCCUCCCUCCUUCACCAGCCUUACGAAUCUGGUAGGUGUAGCUUCUCUGAAGAUGGAGGAGGCUCUUUCACCAUGGAGCUGAAGGAGUUUCUCCUCAUUUGGGAAGACACCAAGAGUUUGAGUAAAGAAAUUAACUUUACAUCUGCUAAAUAUAGUUCUUUUUGAAGGGUAUUAGGCUCCUCUGAGAGCACAGAUACACCACAUAAUGCUUGAACAGAGUUUUUCACAAGUAAAUCUCUUUUUUCUCUGCGCUGUGUCCCAAAUCAGGAAUUGGAAUACCUUCCCAAGGUGAUUUUCUUUUUCUAAAUGGCUAUGUCAGGCAUUUGUAGAUGGGCAGCCUCCAAAGAAUUAAACUCUCUUGGUCCCGUUUAAAGUCUGAUUAAAGAACUUGAACACUUUUCUGAAUUUGAUGAUAAUCUCCAGUGAUUCUUUUGCACAGAACUAUGCUUAUUUGAUUUAAAUUGUUUGUCCCCCAUAAACCAAAUGGCCAAUUUUUAUCUUGGUUUUCAUCCAUUUAAAAAGUGGAACAUAGAAGCACUUCCAAGGGAAUGGCUUUUCUUGAAAAUUAAGAAUCACUCUACAGAAACAAUAUUUUGAAGCAAGAUUAGCAAAGUAAAUCAGAUUUUUGCUCUUUAAUUACUAUACGUGUCUGAAUAUGUACGUACACAUUGGGACAAACCAUUUUUGUUAGCACCUUUUUGGUCUCGCUGACAACCCAAAGCAGAUUAUUUUACUGAUUGUUGGCAGUUGAAAUGAAGACGCAUUAAUAGUGGACUCAGUGGCAGGACAUAAAACUUCAGUUACAGAUUCCUAGGGGAUAUACCCAGCAGGUAGAGUUUUAAAAGGGAUAUUUUCAGGACAACAACAGAAUCAUCGACUGAAACUUCACCGUGUAAGUUUGGAUCAAAUUUUGUUGGAUUAUUGAAUAAUGGAGUUCUUAUAUUACAAAUUACUGUAUAAUUUUUGUUAUAUUGUUACUAUAAGUGUUAAAACAUUUUCAUUAAUUGAAAACUUCAGGGCUUCUUUUCUGUAUAUAAGAAAGAAUUUAAACUUGUACAUAUUUUUGUACCUUUCAGUUUGUUAUGUAAAUUUUGCACAGAAGAUUUUUGACAUAAAAGGUUUAUUUUCCUUCAAUUUAGUUCUGUGCAUGCACUAAUAAAACUGUUGUUUAAUUUAAAAGGAAUAUGUAAGACUUUACCCAUGUUAUUUUCUUGGUUUUUAUUUUAGAUGUAGAAUUUUUUUUUUUUUUUUGGGUAAAUUCAUUUUUCAGGGAUUGAACACUAUUGUUAGCAAGUGCCUAAAAGAUGUGAAACAGUUUACAUAUGUCAACUGUAACAGUAGGUCCCAAAUGGGCCCAUUUCCCCAAAAGUUUUAUUUUAAAGAAAGCCAUACAUAGAUGCUUCAAGCUAUCUUGCUAUGCACAUUAUACACAUGUACUUUUUUUGUGCAGUUUGUCUACUUUCCUAGUGAAGUAUUUUUUGUAUAAAACCUGUUAAAAUUGUGUUUCUUAAAUUGAGCCUAAGAAUGGAGUUGAUUGGAAAUAUACAGUAUAUAUUAAUAAUGUAUAUGGUGUUUAAAGAAUGGUAAGCAAUGUUAAUUUCUGUAAUGAAUAUUUUCAUCAAUUAAAUUUAUCUUAAGUUUGUGUUUA